AGGGGGGCAAGACCGGACUCGCGAUUGAUGCCUUUAAGCACCAUUGUAUGCAAUCAGAUAAGGGGAGUCAGCGCUAAUAUCAACAAGCGCCAGGAUGAAAGGAACGGCGGUGAUUACGAGAGAGAGAAAAGUCUUUCAGAGGCAUUUGAUAGGGUUAAGAUAAGAGAGGAAGUUUCAUCUCUUCAUGUCUGGGGGAUCUCCUGAACUCCAUCAACUGCGCUUCAUAGAAACACACACCAAGGGAAAGCUCACAAGAAACAUCACAUGAACUUCUCGUAUUCCCAUUCCGCAGUUUGUUCGCUGAUCAGACAGAAUGGGUAACCAACGUGUAGGGUGGUUCGUUCUUCCGGCUACAUGGCGCUAUCAGUCCUUAGUUCUGACUCGAAAUGGUGGGAUACAUACCCCACGAGUUUGUCGUGUUGAGCUGUGGACAAGCCCAGA